AUGACAGGUAUCCUAACGGAGGUGGCCGUACACAAGUUAAGUCUGGAUCCCAACAUGCCUCCAAUGAGACAAAAGAAACGCCCUAUAGCAGAGGCCAGGAAUAAAUUCGUCAAAAAAGAGGUAACUCGCUUACUUGAUAUCCGUUCGAUCCGAGAGGUAAAGUAUCCAGACUUUCUAGCUAAUGUCGUAGUAGUUUGUUACCACCUUAAGCAUCUGCAAGAAACCUUUGACGUCCUUAGGAAGCAUAACAUGAAGCCUAACCCCGAGAAAUACGCGUUCGGAGUCAGCCCUGUUAAGUUCCUAGGAUUUCUGGUAUCACAAAGGGGGAUUGAGGUAAACCUUGAUAAGAUCAAGGCCAUAGAAGACAUCUCGGACCAUCAGUCAAGCGUGAAAGAAGUCCAAAGGCUCACGAGAAGAUUGGAUGCCUUGAGCAAGUUCAGUUCUUGGUCAUCAGAGAAAUGUCACAGUUCCAUCGCACUCAAAAAGAAAAACAACUUCGAAUGGACCUCGGAGUGCCAAAUGGCUUUGAGAGAUUUGAAAAGGUAUUUGUCGAGCCCUCUGUUACUUUCGAAACCAAAGGAAGGUGAAACACUAUUGUUCUACCUUGCAGUCUCAGAAGUAGCGGUAAGUGCAGUUUUAGUCAGUGAGGACGAAGGUAUGCAAUCUCCUAUUUAUUAUAUAAGUAAAAUUUUAACGGGAGCAAAAACUCUCUACCUGCAUUUGGAGAAGGUGUCCUUAACUCUCGUAGUCACUGCUCGGAAGCUGAGGCCCUACUUUCAAUGUCACCCUAUAGCUAUGGUGACCACAUUUCCCCUGCGGAACAUCCUUCACAAACCUGAACUCUCGGGUAGGUUGGCCAAAUGGGUCGUUGAAAUGAGUGAAUUCGACAUAGAAUAUAAACUAAGGACUGCGAUUAAGUCACAAGUCUUGUCUGACUGUGUUGCCGAUUUCAGUCCGGGAUUACUGCGUCUAGCAACCAAAAAGGCAGUAAUGGUGUUAGAGUCAACAUCGGGAGUUUGGACCUUAUUUAUGGAUGGAGCCUCUAACGUAAAAGGGUUCGGGCUUGGCAUAUUAUUAACCACGCCUUCGGGAGAAACCCUAAGGCAAGCCAUCAGAACGGUCCCUUUAACUAACAAUGAAGCAGAGUAUGAGGCUUUGAUUGCAGGACUCGAACUGGCUCGGGGACUAGAUUUCGAGGUCUAUGGGAUCUUCGAAACCAAAGAGGAGCGCAUGAAACAAUACGUGGUAAAGGUCCAGGCUCUACUGGCUCGAUUUUCGGAGUUGUUGAUUACUCAUAUCUCGAGGGAAGAAAAUGUAGAAGCAGAUGCACUGGCUAACCUCGGUUCAUCAACGGAAAUGAAGGCAUCAGAGUCUGGGACGAGAAAUGAGAUCAUAGAUUAUCUCGAACACGGGAAAUUGCUCGAAGAUGCCAAGGCAUCCUGGGCGCUGCGUGCCAAAGCAGCACGGUAUAGCUUCAAAAAAGGCCAAUUGUACAGAAAAUCUUUCCAAGGCCCACUGGCCCGGUGUUUGGGAGUGUCCGAAGCUAAUUACGUAAUGCGAGAAGUCCAUGAAGGGAUAUACGGAAACCAUUCAGGUGCAGACUCUUUAGUGUUAAAGCUGAUAAGGCCAGGAUAUUAUUGGCCCUGCAUGGAACAAGACGCCAAAACUUUCGUACAAAAAUGCGAUAAACGCCAACGCUACGCACCGCUGGUACAUCAACCGGCAGAACCACUACACUCAGUUCUUUCUCCGUGGACGUUCAUGAAAUGGGGGAUGGACAUCGUCGGACCACGGCCGCCGGCUCCUGGUUAG